UCUCUUUUAGCUCGUCCUAGCUUAAUAGCUACAUUAUCCCCUACCCAUCCUUCAUUCCAGUAACCAUGGCAAAAUUUGCCAUACUUUCCUUCUUGAUUUCGCUCAACAUCUUAUCUUUUUCUUCCCCAGGAUCAGCCAUCUCCUCAUGCAAUGGUCCAUGCCAAACCUUAAAUGAUUGCGACGGCCAGUUAAUUUGCAUUGGAGGAAAAUGUAACGACGAUCCUGACGUUGGGACCCACAUGUGCAGCGGAAGCUCGCCUUCCGGGCCAUCCCCUUCGGGCAACUGCCGUCCAACUGGCUCUAUGACGUGUAAAGGAGUGACUAAACCCACCUAUACAUGCUCUCCCCCGGUUACUAGCUCCACAGCAGCAAUUCUUACGCUAAAUAAUUUUGAAGAAGGCGGAGAAGGCGGGGCUGAAUCAGAAUGUGACGGCCAAUUUCACCAAAAUAGUGAAAGGGUUGUUGCACUUUCCACUGGUUGGUAUGCAGGAGGGUCGAGGUGUGGGAAAAUGAUAAGAAUCAGAGCCAGCAAUGGGAGAAGCGUGACUGCAAAGGUUGUGGAUGAAUGCGACUCCAGAAAUGGCUGUGAUAAGGAGCACGCUGGCCAGCCACCUUGCGAUAACAACAUCGUUGAUGGAUCCAGUGCUGUCUGGAGAGCACUAGGGCUUAACGAGGAUGAUGGAAGAGUACCAGUUACUUGGUCUAUGGCAUGA